UAUCAUUAGAUUUUUUAUGUGCGCGUAUCACCUCACCCGGUUUUGUCCUGGCCGAGCUAUUAAAACCGGAAAUACGGUUACUGUAACUAGAAAUCACAAUCAUGCCCCCAAUUUGAUACUUGAUGAAGAAAGAGUUUUUUUACGCCGCUUACAAAGGGCUUGCAAUACUCAAAUUGGAAAUACUCGAGAUAUUUAUGACAGUUUACAACAGUUGUAUCGGCGUGCAGCAGAAAUAGUAACUUGGAGAAGCCAGCGCGUGAAUAUGCGUCGAUGGCAAAAAAAUUUUAUAUCGAGAUUACCUCGAAUACUGUCACUGACACAUUUAAAACUAUCUUUACAAAAUGAUAAUGUCUACAACAACUUGACCAACCACUCGCACGGUUCACUGAGUUUAAGAUUUAGAACGAAUUUCGAUUUGGGUCAGACUACUGCAGUUAUGGGCGAUUCUAAUUUAAUUAACAGGUUCGAUAAUAAUUCCAAAAUGUUUGUUGCAACAACAAAUUUAGUCUUACCUGCUGGAUUAGACGCUCGAGAAACGUUGUUUGUUUUGCUUAUGAACAGAGAGCAUGUUUUUGGUGUAUCUUGGGCUUUUUUACCAGAUCGAUCUAGAAGUAGCUUUAGUGCUGCAGUAAAUUUGAUUUUUUCACAAAUUGCGCCUCGAUUAAAUCCUAAUGAAAUAUAUUAUGACUAUGAAAACGGAUUGCACGAUGCUUUGCGAGAAAAUGUCCCUGCUGUAAAUUUACAAGGGACUUUCUUUGCACACGCAAAUAUUUUGUUUCGCCGUGCAACAGAAUUGGAACUAAAUUUUGGAGACAGGGACACUUUAAUAAUAUUCAAGAAGCUUCUCGCCAUUUGUUUACUUUCACCGAACAACGUACCAGUCGGAUUUUUGUGGCUUCGUGCCAAUAUACCUGGUAGACUUAUGGAAACGAUUGAAAAUAUGUUUGAAUAUUAUUACCAAAGCUGGAUUAAUUCAGUGGGUCCGCACAAGUUAUCAUUUUACGACGAUUUUGAUUCAUUCAGUGAUUCAGUAAAAAAUCACGUGCAAAACUUACAGAAUUCACUGGAAAAUAACACUAACGUGUGGAAUGUCUUAAGUAAGCAAAUUCUAUUCUUUUAUUUUCAUUAAGACUUGCUGCUUAAUAAUCAAUUUAUUAAUAUAUUUAUAACAGGA